UUUCUUCUCUUUCCAGGGAGCAGCGAAAAGUCAAAGCCAGGCUGUUUUGGUUAUCCCUUGAGUAUCUUCUUCAUUGUCAUCAAUGAGUUCUGUGAAAGGUUCUCCUACUAUGGAAUGCGAGCGGUGCUGGUUUUGUACUUCAAAUAUUUCAUACUGUGGGACGAUAACCUAUCCACUGUCAUUUACCAUACAUUUGUUGCUUUCUGCUACUUGACACCAAUCCUUGGGGCUAUCAUUGCUGACUCCUGGCUGGGGAAAUUCAAGACCAUUGUCUACUUAUCAAUUGUCUAUGCUGUCGGCCAGGUUAUCCUAUCCAUAAGUGCAAUACAUGAUCUAACUGAUGGAAACAAAGAUGGGAUACCAGAUAAUCCUACUGUCCACGUUGCAUUGUCCAUGAUUGGCCUUCUCCUCAUCGCCCUUGGCACUGGUGGAAUCAAACCAUGUGUGUCUGCUUUUGGUGGAGACCAGUUUGAAGAACACCAGGACAAACAGAGAAGUCAGUUCUUUUCAAUUUUUUAUCUCUCAAUCAAUGCUGGGAGUCUCUUGUCUACCAUUAUAACUCCAAUUCUAAGAGGGCAGGAGUGUGGCAUCCACACAAAGCAGUCAUGUUAUCCUUUGGCAUUUGGAGUCCCUGCAGCUCUCAUGGUUAUUGCACUCAUUGUGUUUAUCGUUGGAAGUCCAAUGUACAAGAAGGUGUCACCUCAAGGCAAUAUUAUGGUACAAGUGUCUAAGUGUAUUGGGUUUGCAAUCAGCAACAGAUUCAGGAAUCGUAGUAAAAGCAUUCCAAAAAGAGAGCACUGGAUGGACUGGGCAAAAGAGAAGUACGAGGAGCGUCUCAUUGCACAAAUUAAAAUGGUUGUGCGAGUCCUUUUUCUGUACAUUCCCCUCCCAAUGUUCUGGGCUCUUUUUGAUCAACAGGGAUCAAGAUGGACUCUGCAAGCCACAACCAUGGAUGGAAAUUUUGGAGCGAUACAAAUUCAGCCAGACCAAAUGCAGACUGUUAAUCCCAUCCUGAUUAUUGUUAUGGUGCCGAUUAUGGAUGCUGUGGUGUAUCCUCUAAUUAAAAAAUGCAAGCUUAAUUUCUCACCUCUGAAGAGGAUGACUGUAGGGAUGUUUCUUGCUGCUAUGGCCUUUGUUGUUGCUGCAGUGGUACAAAUAGAAAUUGAUAAAACUCUUCCAGACUUCCCAUCAAAAAGUGACUUUCAACUGAAAGUCAUAAAUUUAGGUUCAAAUGAUGCCAACAUUUCUUAUAUGAAUAACCCAUCUUCUGAGUUCUACAGACUACUGGUUCCUCACCAGGCAGGUGAUUAUGAGACCCUGAAGCUUUCCACCAAUGCUUCUGUUACCUUUGGAAAUGAAACAGUGAAAAUUCCCCUCGGUUAUGUUGAAGGGAAGACUAGAUACACGUAUAUCGUAACAAAUACUCCCUCCCUCUUUGGAGAAUUAGCCACAGAUCAAAGUGAAAAGCCAGAGCAAGGAGGAAAUCAAAUCAGGUUUAUCAAUAAUCUUAAAGACUCGAUCAAUGUGACAAUUGCGGAUGCGAAGUUGGGUGAGAUAAUGCCGUUGGGGUUUUCCAACUACACCUCGGUAACUCUUGGAAUAAAACAUAUUUUUGGCGUUAUGGCAAAUGGUCAAAAUUGCUCAGUAAACUCAAUGAAGUUUGGAUUUGGUAGCUCAUACACCAUAAUCAUUAAUAACUGUACCAAUGAGCUAGAUAUUGAAUACGUUGAAGAUAUCAGUCGCAACAAAAUCCAUAUGGCUCUUCAGAUUCCGCAAUACUUCCUCAUUACAGCAGGCGAGGUUGUCUUCUCAGUCACGGGGCUGGAGUUCUCCUACUCUCAGGCUCCUUCAAACAUGAAAUCUGUACUACAGGCAGGGUGGCUGCUUACGGUUGCCUUUGGUAAUAUCUUAGUCCUUAUCAUAGCUGGUGCUUCACAUAUUACCCAACAGUGGGCAGAGUACAUUCUAUUUGCUGCAUUGCUGGUGGCCGUCUGCAUUAUCUUUGCCAUCAUGGCAUAUUUUUACACCUACAUUGAUCCUGCAGAAAUUGAGGCUCAAUUUGAUGAAGAUGAUGAUAAAAAGAAACACAAGGAAAAAGAGGCACUUGGGAUUGAUAACGAAAAUGGACCUUAUUCACAAACAAAAAUGUGAUUUUCUAUGUAUCCAACUAAAACAUGUAAAUAUUAUAUAAUAAGGCACCUUGUACGGACAGUAUUUACUUGCAACAGGAAUUUCAAUGAAGAAUGAAGAGAACAUACAGGAUGCUGUUUAACACGGCCACAUAUGGAUAUGGCCUCAGGGAAUAUUCUCGAAGAUUGAGCCAUAAUGUUGUCAUAAACGAGAAUUAUAAUUCGAUUGGUUCAUAGUACAAAAAAAAAAAUAACAAUAAUUUUCAGCAACAACAUAAUUGAUGCAUAUCCUGCAUGUAAAGAUCGUAAUAAAAAUAGACAUCUAACAAUGGA